CCCCUAUCAUGGUUCCCUGACCUCUUUCUUUGAUCUAACUUGACAGAAUCUAAAUCUUGUCCGAAUAGUUAGAAAUAACAGAGCAUAAGUCUUCGCUGCUAGAUAUAGUAACCAGUAAUUCGGAUAGGCCCGAAGGCGCUAUCCGUCGCAUUGCAGGUAAAUACCGUUGAAAUCAACACGCACAAGCAAUCGUGUGCAAAGAAUCAUAUAGUAGUUCAUAUAAAACAUCUUGGCUGCAGAAAGAUCCCUGAAGUAAAGAGGCUGAAUUCAGAACUGUCUUCGAACAAGGAAACUUUAUGGCGUAUGCAAGCCCGUCGGAGCUGCCCCUGGACGCGAACUGCAUGCUGCGUAAUCUGUCCCGAAUAUGUAGGGCUAUAUUGUUAUAUAGAGGAUGCCGUUCUUUGCAGCUCGGGCGAUGCCACUUAAUCUCUGGAUGGCCUAACGGAUCUGCUGCGUAACUGGCAGCUCGAAAGGCAAUGGAGUCUUCUCUAUACGAGUUUAUAUCGGACGUAGCUAGACGACAGUCCGCUGAGGGGAUAGGCAAGCCUUCUGGGGCCGUUACCGACGACUAUCCGUAUUCGCCCCUCCAGCAUGGCGGUUUAUUCAUACUGUUCUUUUUCCCGGCCAUCGCAUUUAUUGUCGUGGCUCUUAGAGUUUACGGAAGAGUAAGAAGCAGGCAGUUUGGCUGGGACGAUGGCCUGGCAUGCGUGGCUAUGAUGUUCUCGAUCGCCGAGACGGGAUGUUCCUAUAUGGGCAUGCGAACGGCAUACCUAGGAGUCCACGUCUACGAUAUUCCGAUGACGGCCGAUGUCAGCCUCGGAAUGUAUUGGAACUAUGUGUUACAGAUUCUGUAUAACCCGAUACUCGCGCUUGUCAAGUGCUCCGUGUUGACGUUCCUCCUACGAAUAGGGGGGCAAAGACGACGGAUCAGAUAUUCGAUUCACGCCCUCAAUAUAUUCACCCUUGGAUUGAUGAUCGCAAUCUUCGUGACUGCGGUCUUCCAGUGCUCUCCGAUCUCAUAUUUCUGGGAACGUAUCACCAAUCCAACUAUGCCGGGAAAGUGUAUCGAUACUGGGACAUUCUAUGUGACGACUGCGGCAUUGACGAUAUUCACUGAUGUACUCGUUCUGGCCCUCCCUUUCUGGAUAUUCAUGGGAUUGAAAAUGGCACCCAAGAUCAAGUUCGCCGUAAUGGUCGUGUUCUUACUAGGAGCCGUCGUUACUGUGGUUAGUAUUCUUCGGCUGCUAUGGAUGAUCGAGACUUCGCUCUACCCGAUGAAAUACGACUACUCGUACGAUAUUCGGUUUACGUAUUCCGCCGUCGAAACAAACUUAGCGAUAAUCACAGCAUCGGGACCAGCACUACGGCCCCUAUUUAUGGUUUGGUUCCCUCGGUUCUUCUCCUCUCUCCGUGGAACUUCGAACCAGAACUACCGCUACCGAGACGGGCCUUAUGCAUUAAACGAUACGGGGAAUGCCAACAAAUCAAGCGGAAACGGUAACGGCUCUAAGGGAGAUCAUCUCUAUGGCACGUCGUCUUUUGCUCUUAGAGACAUGAAGAGGCGGACAGAGAUACGGGGUCACUCACCGACAACCAGCGAAGAAGAGAUUAUGACGUUCAAUGGUAUUGUACGAACAACAGAGGUCGAUAUCCAGUUUGUUGCACGGCCACAGACAGCUCAUCGAGGACAAUGACGAAAG